UAUGGUGAGAGGAGAUGGCUCGAGCUCUCAGAGAGAGAGAGGACAUUGUUUUUGGAGAAGACGGGACCUGGUUUUAGAGAAGAGGCAUUAAAGGUAUUUUCAUAUCUUUAAGAUACAACAAAUUUAAAAAUUUUCGGAUAUUCAUAUCUCUUCUCUCAUGCUGCCCUGAGACAUUCAUUGCUCUUCCACCUGGACUUGCUUGCGAGGUGUCGUAGAGAGAUAGCGAUGUUGAGGAGGCGGCAAACCCCAAUCCCUCCCAUCCAAAAACUCUCGAAAUCAUCCUCCUCUCUGCCUUCGUCCUCUAAAACCAGAAGACCCCUUCUCUUUCUCAAACCCACUGUCUCUUCACCCGAUGGAGAAUGGAAGCCCCUCCUCAACAUGGGCAUCUCGGAGCUCUCUCUGCCUCUAACCUUCCCUACGGGUCAGACCUUCACAUGGAAGCAAACGGCCUCAACACAAUUCACAGGUGUCCUCAAUUCACACCUUCUCUCUCUUCGCCAGCUCCAAGAUGGCUCCAUCUCCUAUCUCCUCCACCGCACUUGUUUCUCUUCUCCCUCUCUUUCGAAGGAUGAGGCCUUUGCAAUGGAUUCUCUCAAAGACUUUAUGAACCUUCAGGUUUCUCUGGGAGAGCUUUGGGCUGAGUUUUCAGAGGCGGAUUCCAGAUUUGCGGAGCUCGCUCCCCAUAUGUCUGGGGCUCGGGUGCUGAGACAGGACCCAUUGGAGUGCCUUUUCCAGUUUCUUUGUUCGUCCAAUAACAACAUACCGAGGAUUACACAGAUGGUAUCAUAUCUGUCUUCACUUGGCCCUUACUUGGCCUCUGUUGGUGGGUUUAAAUUCCAUGCAUUUCCUUCACUGGAGCGGCUGUCGCAGGUUUCGGAGGAGGAGCUGCGCAAGGCUGGGUUUGGUUACAGGGCCAAGUAUAUAGUGGAUGCAGUUGCAGUCCUACAAUCGAAACCUGGAGGAGGUGCAGAGUGGUUGCUGUCCCUCCGCACUUUGGAGCUCCAAGAGGUAACCGAUGCACUAUUGGGCUUGCCAGGAGUUGGGCCAAAGGUGGCAGCCUGUGUUGCCCUAUUUUCUCUCGAUCAACACCACGCCAUUCCUGUUGAUACCCAUGUCUGGCAGAUAGCAAAAAGGUACAUAAGUCCUGAGUUGGAAGGUGCAACAUUGACGCCCAAAUUGUCUCGUCAUGUGGCUGAGGCCUUUGUGAUGAAAUUUGGGAAGUAUGCAGGUUGGGCACAAACUGUACUUUUCAUUGGAGAAUUAUCGUCUCAGAAGGCCUUGUUACCUGUGCAUUUGCAUUGUGAUAAAGCCACUGAGGCGUCCUCUAAGAAGCUUGUGACUAGCAAGAACAAGAGGAAAUCUCGUGCUUGAUUAUUUGUCUGUAUAUUAUUUGGCGAUUUGUUAUUUUCAUUGUAGAGAAGAGUGAUGGAUGUAAUGGAUUGGUUGAUAUUGGGUCAUACUCGUCGGUUUCCGUCAAGUUUUUGAAAGAUCACAUUUUCUUCUGAACAAAA